UUCGAAAUUUUUGUUCAGAAAAGCGUACAAAAGGUUUUAAAAUUAAAUUUCCGUGAAAAUUUCUUUUGUUGUAACAAUGUUGUAAAACAUUGCAACCCAUCAAACAUUCGUGACAAAACAUUUAAAAACAAUAACAAAGCAUUGAAAGUCACACAUGUGACUUUCCGGCAAAACAUCAACAUUGAAGCAACAUGCAAAGUGGCGAUAAAAACUUUUUGUCUCGUCCUCUUAAAAAUGUUGUACGAGAAAAUAAUAUUAUAGGAAAUGGAGGAACUGUAACAUUUAAUGUAACUUAUGUUGGUUGUAUUGAAAUUUAUGCUUCCAUGAAGGCUUUAGAUUUUAGUACGCGAUCAUUAAUUGCCAGAGAAUGUAUCCAUCGUGUACGUGAUGCCAAAAAUAUAAAGAAAACAAAUAAGCGAAUAGUCGAAAAGAGAAUACAGCAAUAUAUAAGCGCACUUCCAUGUAUGGAACAUGCCGGCUCGAAUGUUUCACUUAACAUCUCAUCACGUUGUCUUGAAAUUAAAUCAACAGAAACGAGUGAAGUUAUUGCACGCCAUGAUAUGCCAAGAAUAAGUUUUGCAAGUGGAGGUGACACUGAAACAUUAAAUUAUAUUGCAUACGUCGCAAAAGAUGUAACAGAUUGGCGAGCUUGUUAUGUUCUUGAAUGUGGAAACAAAGCUCAGCCAUUGAUUUCAACAUUGGGAGAAGCUUUUGAAUUUCGUUACAAAGAAUAUAAAUCUGAGCCAGAAAAGAAAAAAAUAUCUUUGGAGCAUUUUCGAAAGAAAGAAAUUAAAGUUGAUGAUCAAGAAUAUUACAAUGAUUUGCCAGGAAAAGUUCCACCAGACGUUACAUUAACUUCACCAGCACCAAUCGAUAAACGUCGUGAAAGACUUUCAAGUAAUCUCAUCGAUCUUGACAGUCCAAUUGAACAUGAGUACGUGAAUGAAUCGAAAAUCAAAGACAAUGACGGCGAUAAAUUGAUUGCUGAAUUAAUGAAAUGUUCAAAUAAGGAAUCGAAGCUUUUAAUGGAGAACUGGUUUCAUGGAUCAAUUUCUCGCACACAUGCAGAAAGCUUAUUGAAGCAUGAUGGCGAUUUUCUUGUCAGGGAAUCUCAGAAUACUCGUGGUCAAUUCGUUCUCACUGGAAUGAAAUCAGGAUAUGCCAAACAUUUGCUUUUGAUUGAUCCAGAAGGUUGUAUGAACUUAAAAGGAAGCAUAAAUUUAAUGAAAUUAAUUGAUGUAAGAUCAAAAAGAACAAAACAUUCAAACGUUUUAUUUCUUCUCGCUGAUGAUGCUGGCUUUGAAAGUGGAACUUAUCUCAAUAAGAUAGUGCAGACACCAAACAUUGAUGCAUUUGCAAAGCGAAGUGUAAUUUUCAAUAAGAAUUUUGUGUCAGUGAGUUCAUGUUCACCUUCAAGAGCUGCAAUAUUGACAGGGUCACCAUCACACCAAAAUGGAAUGUAUGGUCUACAUCAAGCAGAAAAUCAUUUCAAUUCUUUUGACAAUAUAGAAAGUUUACCUUCACUUUUACGAAAGAACAACAUAAGGACCGGUUUAAUAGGCAAAAAGCAUGUCGGGCCAUCUGAAGUCUUUAAAUUUGAUUAUGAAGAAACUGAAGAGAAACAUUCAAUCAACCAAGUUGGACGAAACAUAACAAAAAUCAAAUUACUUGUUCGUGAGUUCCUUAACACUACAAAAAAUGAUCCAUUUUUCCUUAUGGUUGCAUUUCACGAUCCUCAUCGUUGUGGACAUGUGACACCUCAAUAUGGGCCAUUCUGUGAGCGUUGGGGAUCUGGAGAAAUAGGAAUGGGGUUGAUUCCUGAUUGGCAUCCGAUUUAUUAUCAGUGGGAACAAAUUCAAUUGCCUUAUUAUGUUCAAGAUACGGAACCAGCUAGAAGAGAUAUUGCAGCACAAUACAUGACAAUAUCGAGAUUAGAUCAGGGCAUUGGUCUGGUCAUAAGAGAACUUCAACUUGCUGGAAAAUUAAAUGAUACACUUAUUGUGUAUACCUCUGACAACGGCCCACCAUUUCCAUCUGGAAGAACAAACUUCUACGAUCCUGGAAUGGCAGUUCCCCUUUUAAUUUCGUCUCCUUUCCACAAACAACGCUGGCAUCAAGUUUCCAAUGUUAUGACAUCACAGUUAGAUUUAGUUCCAACAUUUCUCGAUUGGUAUGGUGUGUCACAAAGUCAUAACACAAAUAAUUUAAUGUCGUUGACAGGAAAAAGUUUGAUUCCAAUUCUUGAUAAAGAACCAAGCGACACUGAUUUCCCGGUGUUUGGAAGUCACAAUUUUCAUGAAGUGACGAUGUCAUAUCCAAUGCGAGUUGUAAGAACGAAACGUUAUAAACUUAUUCAUAAUCUGAAUUAUCAAUCAAUGUUUCCGAUCGAUCAAGAUUUCUAUGUUUCACCUACUUUCCAAGACUUAAUUAAUCGAACUAUCAGUAAAAUGUCAAUUCCUUGGUAUAAAAACCUAAAAUCAUAUUAUAAAAGAGACGAAUGGGAACUUUUCGAUCUGAAAUUAGAUGGAUCAGAGUCGAUCAACAUUGCAAAUAAAAAAGAUUAUGCAGACAUUUUAAAAGAUCUACAACAGAAAUUAUGGAAGUGGCAAGUGGAGACAAAUGAUCCUUGGAGAUGUGCACCGCAUGCUGUUCUUGAGGAUAAAGGAGAAUACAAAGAGAUGUCAGGACUGAAAUUGUUUUCUCAAAAUGUGUCAAUAACACAUAAAGUCAUUCUAAUAUCGGUAACAACUGGAGUAGCAAUUUUGGGAGUUUUAGCAACUUACAUGUCUCGAAGAAAGUCACGAGGACCAAUUAGACAUCAAAGAACAAGAGCGAUAAGCGGAAGAAGAACAAGAAAUUCGAUGAGAAGUCCAAAUGAUGCUUUGUCAAUAGCUGGAUCAAGAACAAGUGCUCGUUCGGUUUCCCCAGGUGGUUCAAUUCAUACAAUAACUGAUAUUGUAUCUUAUGCAUCAGGAUCAACUAAAGCACCAUCAGCAAUUGCAAAUGGAACGGCUUAUCUUUCACCUCAACAACUUGGGGUGAUGGGAAUGGAGAAACUUGAUACUGUCAUCAACUUUUGGGAAGAUGCUCUUGCAGCUCAUUCUCUCGGUUCAGCUCAACCUGAAGAUGCGGAAUUUUUCCGUGAAAUUCAAAAUUUACUCGACAUUGCUUACCAACUACAAGAACAAUCAGAAUUAUUAUUUUUGGAUGAGCGUUCAUGUCUGUUUCGACAAGAUCAUGAUGAUCCUCAGGAUCCAAACUUUGAUUCUGCUGAAUCAUUUGCGAGUGCUUUAGAUCAAAUUGCCGAUUUGAGAGAAUUUGAAGAUUUUGAACCUGAGGAAACAGAACAUUUGGAACAUCCACUUUAUCAAAGUAUUUUAAAACAAAUGGACGAGCAUCCAAUACCAUGUCGAAUUUUAAGAACGGAGCUUGUUCGUGUUGCAAGCGACACUGAAUAUUUAGCGAAACUUCAUUGUGUUCGUCUUGCAUUUCAUCAUUUAUUCCGAGAUCCUAUGACGUCAAAAUGGGUGUCAGAUACUGGACGACAAAUCUUAACUGAUCUUAUGUGUCUCGGUGAUAAGGAUCCGAAAGAUUUUAUUGUCGGAUAUGAAACAAUGUUGGAAUAUUUACAAGAUCCAGUUAACUGGCAGCGGGCUGAAAUGGAGCUUAAUUUACGUGGUGUUAAAGCGAUGACAUUUUAUGAUAUUGUGUUGGAUUUUAUCAUUCUCGAUGCAUUUAAAGAUCUUGACAGCCCACCAGGUUCUGUCAUGGCGGUAAUUCAAAAUAGAUUUUUAUCAAAUGGCUUUAAAGAGACAGCACUUACAACUGCAGUUUGGAGUGUUUUGAAAGCAAAAAAACGAAUGCUUACAAUUUCCAAUGGUUUCAUGGCUUAUUUUUAUUUGAUAAGUGAGCAAAUUUCACCAUUGAUGGCGUGGGGAUUUUUCGGAUCCGACGAAAAUCUGAAAGAAGUUUGUUAUUACUUCAGAAAUCAAGUACUAGAGUUUCUAAUAGACAUUUUUAAUUUCCAAAAAGUACGAUACACAACCGUUGAUGUGUUGAGUCAAGAUAUUUUAAAAUUAAUGAAGGAGAGAGUAAGCAACAUAAACAUAAAAUUUAUGAACUGAAUUAUUCCAUUGAAUUUAGUUAUCAAAGUUAGUGCCUAAUUUGUAUAUAUUUGAAUAUGCACUUCAAAGAUUAGAAUUUCCGUAGACGGAUUGAUUUGUAAGGGCCAAGGGAAAGCAUUUGUAGUCAGACAGUAAAUACGCAUAAAUACAAUUUGUUGACAAUUUUUCACAAUUCUUGAUAAAUUUAAAGCCAAAAUAAAAUUCUGAAAUCCAAAU